GAGUAAUAGUGUCGGUGGUUGGUUGCGAGUAGGUUGUUACACAAAGAGAAAAAGUAAUUAAACUAUAGUUUUUUUUUCUCCUUAACACCAUACAAUUAAACUUUUCUCUUUGUGUAACAACCUGAUCGCAACCAAUAUUAUUACUCGCAAUCUUCUCGUCCCUAAAAACAAUUUAACGAAUUUCCAUAAAAGUUGAAGCAGAUAUAAAUAAACACCAAUUCCUAAACUCCCACAAAAACUUAUCAAAGAGUUUAAUUAUUUUUGGGCCUAACCCUAAUCCCAUAUCUUAAUACAAAAAGCACCUUAGGGAAAAAAUAAAAAGAGUUUUAUAUUUAUUUAAAAUAAUUGAAAAGAUUCUGUCAAAUUUUUUUGUUUGAAAAAAAUAAAUAAAAUGUCUUAAAACCAACGACGGAAAACCUUUUCAUUUCACCAAGAAAACAAUAGUCGGAAAAUCUGAUUAGGGUUCCGUUCCCUGAAUUCUACGGCGGUCACUUUCACUCUCUCUCCGAUUAGGGUUUUAAGUGACCUAUUGUUCUCUUUUAGAAAUUACAAUCUGGAUUUGUGUGAUAGUUUGUAAUUUUGUAAAAUGGUUGAGAUUGGAAAACGAUAUCAUUCGCAGAGAGACCACGAUGGGGACAGACAGAAUCAAAAGAGACGUAUGGGUGAGAAAAAUGAUAAGGGCAAUGAUGAAUUGAUUGUUUAUAGGAUACUAUGCCCUGUUGAAGUUAUUGGGAGCGUUAUCGGUAAGAAUGGGAAAGUGAUAAAUUCGAUAAGGCAAGAGACCAGGGCAAAAGUCAAGGUUGUGGAUCCAUUUCCUGGUGCCAAGGAUCGAGUUAUAACAAUCUACUGCUAUAUUAAGGAGAAGGAAGAUAUUGAUAUUGAUGAUGAGUUUGAUGAUAGGAAACCUUUAUGUGCUGCCCAAGAUGCUCUUCUCAAGGUUCAUGUAGCUAUAUUGAAUUCCAUUGCAGCUCUUCGAGAUUUUGAUAAGAAUAAGCAACGAAAGGAGAAAGAUGAAUGCCAAAUUCUUGUUCCAUCAAGUCAGUCUGCAAAUAUCAUUGGUAAGGCUGGGGCUACCAUAAAAAAGCUGAGAAGUAAGACUAGAGCAAAUGUCAAGGUUAUUGCCAAGGAUGCCACUGACCCAACACACUCAUGUGCUAUGGAGUUUGAUAAUUUUGUCUCGAUCACUGGUGAAUCAGAAGCAGUUAAAAGAGCACUAUUUGCAGUUUCUUCUAUUAUGUACAAGUUUGGUCCCAAGGAGGACAUCUCUCUUGACACAAAUGUACCAGAAGCCCCACCCAGCAUUAUCAUUCCCUCCGAAGUUCCAAAUUUUCCGCCUGGUGGACUGUAUCAGCCUUCAGAUCCUAUAAUAUCAUCUUCACAUGUUCCUCAAUUUUUAGGUGCAACAAAUGCUCAAGAUCUGCAAGGUUAUGCUGAUGCAGGAAAUACAUGGCCUCUAUACUCAUCCGCCUUUCCAGUAAUGUCUGGUGUUGAUGCUUCUCUGUCUGAGGAGUUAACUAUUAGAAUCUUAUGUCCCUCUGACAGGAUUGGGCGUGUCAUUGGGAAGGGAGGGAGUACAAUUAAAAGUAUGAGGCAGGCAAGUGGCGCUCGUAUUGAUGUUGAUGAUUCCAAGGCUAAUAACGAGUGUUUGAUUAUUAUAACUGCAACAGAGUCGCCUAGUGAUGUGAAGUCCAUGGCAGUUGAAGCUGUUCUGCUGAUACAAGGGAAGAUAAGCGAAGAAGAUGAUACCUCAGUGUCAAUUCGGCUUCUAGUUCCACGCAAAGUGAUAGGUUGUAUUAUCGGUAAAAGUGGCUCAAUCAUAAAUGAAAUUCGGAAGAGAACCGGGGCUGAUAUUCAAAUCUCUAGAAGUGAUAAGCCAAAACGUGAAGAUGUCAGUGAUGAACUUGUUCAGGUGAGUGGUGCCGCUGAUUGUGUAAGAGAUGCACUAAUCCAGAUUAUCUUAAGACUCAGAGAUGAUGUAUUACUAUUGAGAGAAAAGGACAUUGCCCAUAAUUCUUCUACUGGCCAUAAUUCUUCUACUGGCGGUGAAUCCUUCUACUCAAGCAGUGCUGGUCUUUCAUUCCCAUCUAUGCUGCCUUCUUUUCCUUCUGUUGCUGCUCCACUGGUUUAUGAUCAGAGGGCUGAAGGUGCAACUGGCCUAGGCAUGCUUUCUUCCAGCAACUUGUAUGGAUAUGGAUCUUUGCCGAUGGUGGAAAAUGGCUAUGGAUCUAUAUCUUCAUACGCUUCCAAUCUUUAUGGAGGAUUGCCUCCUCCAUCAACUCUGGAUAUGUUGAUUCCUGCUAAUGCUGUUGGUAAAGUGUUGGGUAAAGGAGGGGCAAAUAUAGCAAAUAUCAGGAAGAUUUCAGGAGCAACAGUAGAGAUUUCUGACACCAGAUCUGGCCGUGGUGAUCGUAUUGCCCUAAUAUCUGGCACACCUGAACAGAAACGUGCAGCUGAAAACUUGAUCCAGGCAUUUAUCAUGUCCACAUGAAUUGUUAAAGUUCUUUCUGGGGCGGUUUUGAAGGUGAAAAGUUUAAUUCUUGAAGCAUGUCCAUAUUCAUCUCCUUAGUUCCACUAAGUUAGUCUGAUGGUCUUGGAAAGACAAACUUCUCCAGGGUUCUUAAACUCGGAUCCUGUUCUUCCAUAUCAGUGGCUAACAUGACUGUGCUUGAUAAUCCAUUUCUAGUUUUGUAUGUAGGAAUAAUAGUUCCAUUCCCUUUUAUUUUCUUUACCUACUCUCAUCUGUGUUUUAUCUUAGAAAUCUUGGAUCUGUCUGUCCUUUUGUAAUGUUUGUCUUUCACUACCGUGGAGUCAGCUCUAUUUCCAGAAAUUAUUUUCAGAGGAGAACCACGAAGCGGUUUUUAUUU